UUCAAUUUAUCUGUCAACAGAACAACAUCAAUGGAUUAUUGUAAUGAAGGAUAUAGAUAUGCAGUGGGAUGGAAUCCAUUUAUGCUUAAUUUUAUCGGUGCAUGGCCACAAUCAAGCAAUGGAAUUUUUAAAUAUAAAAUAUGGUUCUGUUUUUUUUGUGUUUUAAUGUUUAUAUGGAUACCGCUGACCGCAAGUAUUUAUCCGCUUUGGGGUAAUAUGGAUGCUGUGAUUGGGUGCCUUUCUAUUAGCAUUCCGCUUAUAAUUGCUAUGAUGAAACUCGUAAUUUUUUAUUACUACAAAAAAGAAGUGAAAAUAUUUAUUGACUUAAUCGCUAAAGAUUGGACAAUAACCAGAAAAGACAACGAAAGGAUACCGAUGAUAAAAAUGGCUUAUUUGAGCAGAGUUAUUUCAUUUAUUUCGGUUUUUCUUAUCAACUCAACUAUCAUUGCUUACUUUUUAUUCAAAAUAUGGAUGGCGAUGCAAAUAAAAAAACAACGAAUAAAUCAUGAUUCAAAUGUAGUUAUUGAUCUUCUGUACCCUGCUUACUUACCGUAUUCUACAAAAGAAUUAAAAUAUUAUUUACCAACUUGGGCAAUUCAGUGCUUCACGACAUAUUUUUCAACAACAGCCUAUGCUUCGUUUGACAGUUUUAUGUCAAUGAUUUUAUUGCACAUUUGCGGCCAGUUGGCAAUCAUUGGAAUAUCAAUCAAAAAUCUUGUGAAUGAGACAAAUUUUGAAAAUAUCUAUAAAUUUCGAUGGAGUCUAGGGCAAAUUGUUAAACGUCACGAGGAACUCAAUCAAUUAAUAGAACUUAUGGAAAAUUCAUUUUGCUCAAUUUUGCUUCCGCAAAUGCUUGUAUGUACAUUAGCAUUUUGUUUUCAAGGAUACAUGUUGACGAUGAAUUUGGUGGAUAGUGCAAACAAUAAUAUGUCAAUCCUUGAAAUUAUGUUUUUCAGUUCAUAUAUGAUAUACACUAUUUUGCAUCUGUUUAUUUAUUGUUAUAUUGGUGAUUUGCUUUCUUUUCAAAGUACACUGAUAACUCAGACAUGCUAUGAAAGUAACUGGUUUAAUUUACCUUUUCGAGAAGCGCGUUUGUUAAUGAUCAUCAAUUAUCGUUCUUACAAACCGCUCGCGAUAACAGCCGGAAAAUUUUGUUCAUUUUCCAGACAUCUUUUCAUUGUGAUUUUAAAAACUUCAUUUGGAUAUUUAUCAAUGCUAUUAGCCGUUAAACAAUAAUUUUUAAUAUUAUUUGUUAUUGCUAACAGUACUUGUUUUCACUAGGAUUGAAAAAAAAUUUUCCAAUUACAACUUGUCCAUAUCGUAAUUAACAAUAUAUUUAGUAUACAUGAUCGAUUUCGCAACAUAUAAAAAUAAACUAUUAUUUUUAUAAUCUACAUCAUUAAGAGAACGAGGAAAAUUUUGUUCCAGCCAUAUCUGAUCGGUGAAAUUAGUCAAUGCUAUUGAAUUUGGUAUCAUUGUAAAUGUUUUGACUUGAAUACGAGCCUUUUCAAAGUUUUAGAUAUAUUUAGUGAUAUGUGGCAGAAGAAAUUGUCUAACAAUUUUCAGACAGUUGACAUCAAUUAACCAGCGAAAAACUGACCAACGGUCAAUUUUAUAGCGGCCCCCGCAUCAACUAUCGUGUCAUGAGAAAGCAUCAAAGUUAUACUUGCCUAUUUAACUCUCAUUAGCGGAAUAAUUUUCUUCAUGACGACAUAUACACUUUUCAAUAGUUUAAUUUUGCGUGUUUACGGUACAUUAAAAAUUAGUUGAUUAAAAUCGUUUUAUUAUAAAAAAUUUAAUUGUACUAGCGCUCAUUUGAAGUGCAAAAAAUAAUUUUCACUUUUUUAUGUCUUUAUAAAUUUAUUCAAAAAAAAUUUAGCUCAUUAUAGUUUAUUCUAGUAAGUGUUACGUUCUGGCUUUAAUUAAAUUUAAAUAAAAAUUUUUAGAAAUUUUUUUUUUGAAGUCUCGAAUUAUUUAUUCACCGCAGUGUGCGAAUAAACGGUUCGACACUUCUUAGAAUCAUAAUUAAACA